AUGUCCAACUCGGGCUCGGGCUUCUCUUCCUGGAGAAAGAGAGCGCCUAGCAUUGCCUCGUCGCAGCCAGACCUGGCUCGCACCACAACCAACGAGUCGCAGGCGAGUUCGCAGCCCAUACCUGCGCUCUCCUCUUCGGUUGCUUCCAGCCAGGCGCACCGCGAGCCUAUCCGGUCCUUCAUUCAUGGCGCUUCUCACGAUCAUCUAGCUCCAAUCCACAGCCAACAGAAUGCUCGCACAGUUCGCGAAGAUACGGCCGAAUUGGCGAGCUACUUUCUCUCGGACGGAUCCCAGCGCGCGCGAGCCUUGCUUCAGCGUCCGAGAUCCUCCAUCCACGAUGCGUUUCCUCACGAGGACGACACGGACCAUGUCCCCGACGUCCGACGUGGCUCCCCCGUCAUAGCAGAGGUCUCGGAGCCCGCUUCGCCUGACGAGAACACUCAGCAAUCCGACAGUGACGACGAUUCUGGGCCGUCCGUAAUAGCCAAUCUUCUGAAACGAGCAUCGCCUCCGGAAACUGACGCCGAGACGACGCCCAAGGCGGAUCGUUCCAAGUCAACUGCUUCCGAUUCGCUUCGGCCUGCUAAAAGUAGUGAAGCUGUCGGCGCUUCCAAAGCCUCGGCCCAGACUCCCACAAUCGAGGAGCCCGCGACUGAGCGUACGCCGUUGCUUUCUGCUUCCACUGAUAGUAGCUACGAAGCGGAAGCCAUCCUCGAGGGUCAGCAGCGUCCAGCAAAGCGCAAUUGGCUGGCCAAGGUUCGCGAACAAAGCCAGGAAUUUGAAACCAACUUUAUGCAUGGCGUCAAAGUCGCAACAAACCCGAAGCGAUGGAAUGGCAAAGCCCUGACACAGCACGUUUUCCUGGAACCGCUGUCUUGCCUGCCUGCUGUUGCGGUUGGACUUCUUCUCAACAUCCUUGACGCUCUGUCAUACGGCAUGAUUCUCUUCCCUCUCGGCACACCUCUGUUCUCUCAUCUGGGAUCUGCCGGCAUCUCCAUUUACUACGUGAGCACCAUCAUCUCGCAGCUGGUAUUCUCAAGCGGCAGCAUCUUCAAGGGUGCCGUCGGAUCGGAGCUGAUUGAGGUUGUUCCAUUCUUCCACAACAUGGCAGCAAAGAUCCUUACCAUUGUUGGCGAAGAAAACCCAGAUGCUGUUAUUGCGACGACAAUUGUUGCCUACGCAACCAGUUCCAUGGUGACUGGGUUAGUGUUUUAUCUCAUGGGCAAGUUCAAAUUUGGCUUCAUGGUCGGUUUCAUCCCACGUCACAUCUUGAUUGGAUGCAUUGGUGGUGUUGGCUAUUUUCUUAUUGCCACUGGGCUUGAAGUGUCGGCACGUCUCGAUGGCAAUAUCAAGUACGAUCUCGACACAUUUAAGCAGCUAACCCAGCCGGAGACGGUAUUGCUCUGGAUCUUCCCGUUGGUCCUCGCCAUCGUCCUAUUCUAUGGCCAAACAAAGGGUGCUUCAAAGUACUUCCUGCCGCUUUAUAUCCUUGCCAUUCCUCUGGUCUUUUACCUCUUUGUCACGGCCAUUGAUGCUCUUGAGGCGGAUGAUCUUCGCGACAAAGGCUGGAUCUUUCAGGGACCCCCACCCGGAGAGCCCUGGUGGUAUUUCUACACUCUCUACAAAUUCAAUCUGGUGCGCUGGGAUGCCAUUGUCCAGGUAAUUCCUGCGAUGCUUGCUUUGACUUUUUUCGGUGUCCUUCAUGUCCCGAUCAACGUACCUGCUUUGGCACUUAACACCGGAGAGGACAACGCAGACCUGGACAGAGAACUGAAGUUGCACGGCUACUCAAACUUCAUAUCCGGUUGCAUGGGUAGCAUUCAGAAUUACCUUGUUUACGCGAAUACCGUAUUCGUGAUUCGGUCCGGUGGCAAUCGCCGUCUCGCCGGUUAUAUGUUGGCAGUCCUGACAUUUGCUGUUAUGCUCAUUGGACCCAGUAUGAUUGGCUACAUUCCUGUCAUGAUGGUUGGUACUCUCAUCUUUGACCUGGGCUUCGAGCUGCUGCUGGAAGCUGUGUGGCUACCUCGCAAGAAGUUGAAGCUUGCGGAAUACCUGACGGUUAUUGUCAUUGUGUUGGUAAUGGGCAUCUACGAUUUCGUCGUGGGCAUUGGUGUCGGUAUUGUUCUUGCGUUUGGAUCGCUCGUCAUUCAAACGUCCAGAGUAUCUGCCAUCCGCGCCACAUUCGACGGCGACGUCGUCUCCUCGACAGUGCGACGCAACCCCUCGCAGCAUCGCUAUCUUCACCACGUCGGCCAGCAGACCUACAUCAUCAAGCUGACUGGCUAUCUGUUCUUUGGCACCAUUGUAAGUGUCGAGGAGAAGAUCAGAGGUCUUCUUGACGAUGCUGCCUUUGAAAGUCGCCCAAUCAAGUUUUUGAUUCUGGACUUGUGGCACGUCAGCGAUCUGGACUAUUCUGCGGGCGAAGCAUUCAACACCAUUACCAGACUUUUGGACAAGAGGGGUGUUUUGCUUAUCCUAAGUGGCGUAGACGCUUCCGCCCAACUCGGCCGGAACCUUCGCGCUGUUGGUAUCGGCAGCGGCAAGAUUGAAGUCAUUAUGCUUCCCGACCUUAACUCGGCGCUGGAGUUUUGCGAAAACGAAUUUCUCAAGACCCUGUACGCCAGACAGGAAGCCAUCAACUCGAACGAGCGAGUGCCCACGGCCAAUCUCGACGUUCCCACUGGAUCGAAAUCGCAGCUUUCGUCGUUUGAUCCGCCAUUCAACUCGCCUCGCCAGUCGCACCUCGACGAGGCCGCGCACCACGCGCUCAACACGACCGAGACGCAGCGGCCGCUCAAGUGGCAGAGCUUCAACGAGCCGCUGCGCAUCAUGCUGCAAAUCUUUCAGGGCCUGAGCGACCGCAACGAGGACUUUUGGUUCCCCGCCACGUCCUUCUUCGCGCGCCAGGAGUACGUCGCCGGCACCACGCUCUUCCGCCGCGGCGAGUCGGCGACGGGCUUCUACCUGCUGGAGAAGGGCAUCCUGCGCGCCGAGUACGACCUGCCGCAGGGCUGGCUGUGCGAGAACAUUGUCGCCGGCACCACGUGCGGCGAGCUGCCCUUCUUCUCCGAGACGAGCCGCACCGCCACGGUGACGGUGGAGCGCGACUGCGUCGCUUGGCUGAUGAGCCGCGACGCGUGGGAGCAGCUGCAGAAGGAGAGGCCGGAUAUCGCGGGCGAGCUGCUGCGCAUCUCGCUCAAGCUGACAACGGAGCGCAUGAGCUCGAUUACGUCGUACAUCUUGACGACGGCUGGAUAG